AUGGAGCCGAAUCAUAGAAGUUUGCAAAAAUCGAGGCAUUCUCUCGAUAGUGCUUUAGUGUCUAAAAAUGGUUCUGGAUUGUGGCGCCCUUCUUCAAUUGCAAACAUAGCCAGUGACUACCUUAGAAGACCAGACCCAGUACUUCAAUCCGUGCCUGUAAACAAAAUAAGCAAUGGGACUGUUACAAACAAUGUCCAAAGCAACAGUAACAGCAGCAAUAAUGGCAGCAUCAGUCCACAACCGAGCAAUCAUGUAAACAAUGAACAAAGACGUCCAGGAACUCCUACUCCUGCGUUACUUACACCCCCUCAAACACCUACUGAUGAAAAGCCAAAAACUGACAGGAAAUUCUCUCUAAGGUUUGACAAAAACAUACGGAAUACAGUCGUUAAUGUGGUCAUUGUGGAAGCUAAGGGUCUUCCAGACAAACCGCAGGAUGGCGCUUCACACGCAGUCUACUGCAAAUUCCGUUUGGGUUCUCAGUCUUACAAAUCUAAGUCCGUUCCCGCCACAAGACAACCACAAUGGCGGGAAAGUUUCAGGUUACAUCUGCGCAACGAUCAGCUACUAACAAUAUCGUUAUGGGAUAAAGGGAAACAGAAGAAUUUUAUGGGCAGUUGUGUUCUAGACCUGUCGACUCGGGAGAGGGAGCGUACACAUGACAUAUGGCAGGACCUGGACGGAGGCUACGGAUCCGUUCAUCUGUCAGUAACAUUAUGUACCACACGUACGAUACAAGACUCUAAUCAAGCGACCUCGAGCAAUGAACCAAAUGUAGACGGCUUACAGUCAAAAUAUGCAUUUUAUAACUUAACGCCAGACACAAGUAUUGUUGGCCAGUUACAUGUGAAAGUGAUUGGAGCUAAGGGGCUUUAUGGCAAGCCAAAUGCAUACUGUACGUUGGAAUUGGACAAUGAGAAGGUGCAAACUCCAUCAGUCAGUUCUAGUUCGGAACCUGUUUGGAACAAAACCUACGUAUUUAAUAUAUACGACGUGGCAUCGACCUUUGAGCUGAAGGUAUAUGAUCGCUCCAUAAAUUCGUUGCUGUACGACUUUCUGGGCAGAGUGAUUAUACCAUUGCUCAGGAUCAAUAAUGGUGAAGCUUGCUGGUACGCACUCAAAGACAGCUGUAAGAAGAAGGGGGCGAGGGGUAACUGUCCUAGAGUGCGACUGGAGAUGAACAUAUUUUGGAAUCCUGUGAUUGCUUCAUUGAAACUGUUUCGUCCGAAACAGGUGAAGUACAUAACGAAGCCGCCUAAGUUCGAUAUACCACUGAUUUACAAGAACUGCAAGUUCAUCAGAGAUACAUUUGAGGCUCUCUUUUCAUUCAACGAACAUUUUAAGGUAUUUCUGGAAUGGGAUGAUCGAGAGUUAUCGACAACAAUACUUUGUUGCUGGUUAAUAUUCUGGUACUAUUUCGAUCCAUGGAUGACACCAUUGCUUAUUGCAGCCCUGUUCCCAGUCAUAUGGUUCAUUGAUCACAAAUUACAUCAAGAAACGAAACUUCCAAAUGAUGAAGGGCCUAAAGACUGGAACACGGGAGAUGAUGGACAGGGUGGGGAGUCUGUGUCGGAUAAAAUCAAAGGUCUGCCAGAGAUGACACUCACUAUAACAGCGGGUAUAGAAUAUCUGGUCUCGGUAGCUGAAAGAUUGUACAAUUUAGCAACAUUCAAGGUCCCGUUUCUGACUAUCCUGUCAAUGAUAUUGCUAGUCAUAAAUUCAGCACUUCUCUACUUUGUCCCUUAUAAAUACCUCAUGAUGGGAUUUGGAAUAUACAAAUACGGGAGGAAACGUUUGAAUCCAAAUCGAAUACUGAACAAUGACUUAUUGGACUUCAUUUCGAGGAUACCUGACAACAAAAUACUGAGGGAUUGGAAACCACUGAGUGUGCCAGAACCUCAAAACAAUAAGAACUGUACAAGCACAUCUUCAGGGAAAAGUUCAACAUGA